AUGGAAGCUAUGCCCUUUGCUCCGUUCGUAGCGUCCUUGUUCCUAGUAUAUAGUAAGGUUUGGGCUGACCCCCACUUCUCAAUGGCUUUGGAACUUGGCGCGGUCUACACCGAGCUGGAGUUGCGCUGUGGGGGCACGCCUGCGCGGCAGCGGCAGCUGGCGCAAAGAAGCUGGAGAACCAGCAGCUCUUCAAGCUGGUCUCUCUCGAUUCAGCUCUCAAUGGGACUGGUUCUGGGGCGCCUGAGCGGGGAGGAAGCGCAAGCGCAUCGGUUCACAGCCGCAGUGGGUGCGCCCACCACAAGCCCGAGCUGGGCGGGCUAUGGACGAAGAUCCGGGGAGGCGCCGACGCAUCGCGGAGCUCCUGGCCAGGCAACUGCUGGAGAAGAAGAGGUCCUCGCGGAGUGUUUGCGGCAGAAGACCUUCUCGUUCGCCUCGAUCAGUUUGGACAUCAAUCACCGCGCCGCGCGACAUAGGGACCAGAACAAUAGUGGACCCUCUGCCAUUGCGGCCGUCGGGCCGUUCCAGGGCGGCGAGCUGCUCUACUUGGCCCCGUGA